UUAUUUUUUCUAUAAAUGUUCCUUCUAUUUUCUUUACUUCUUCUGUGAAUUCAAGUGCUUCCAAACCAACAGUUAUAUUAUAUGAGUUUCUAAAACCAUUUUUUAUGGAGAAACUUUGUCAAAUCAUAGUUUUCUGUCUUAUGGCCCACUAUUAAACUUGUUACUUACAAGUAACUGCAACUGGGAUUUUUCUGAGAUUACCUCCUUGACUAGUUCAAUUUCUGAGAGCAAUUUAAGGGCCGAGUUGAAAAUGUAUUUAGUGGAGAGCAAGGGAGGUGCCAUAGGGUGCAUGCUGUUGGCACUUUUCUUCUUGGGGACAUGGCCUGCUGUUUUGACUCUCUUGGAGAGGCGAGGCCGUCUUCCACAGCAUACCUACCUUGAUUACUCAAUCACCAAUUUCUUGGCUGCUGUUAUCAUUGCUCUCACAUUUGGUGAGAUAGGCAAGGGGACGCAUGAUGCACCAAAUUUCUUAGCUCAACUUGCUCAGAAUAAUUGGCCCUCGGUUAUGUAUGCAAUGGCAGGUGGUGUGGUUCUUAGCCUUGGAAAUCUGUCCACACAGUAUGCCUUCGCUCUCGUUGGGCUGUCGGUUACUGAAGUGAUUACAGCAAGCAUAACUGUUGUUAUAGGAACAACAUUGAAUUACUUUUUGGAUGACAAAAUCAAUAAAGCUGAGAUUCUUUUCCCAGGAGUAGCUUGCUUUUUGGUUGCAGUUUGUCUAGGCUCGGCUGUUCAUUCAUCAAAUACUUCUGAUAAUCGGGCUAAGCUACAGGAAUAUUCGAGUGAUUCCUUGGACUCUUUGAAAGAAGGAAACAUAGUUAAAUCAAAGGAUGUUGAAAGUGGAAGCGAUUCUGCAGAAAAGUUGAAAGCAGGAACUGCAGUUUUUCUUAUAGAUCUUGAGAAAAGAAGGUCUAUUAAGGUUUUUGGGAAAAGCACUUUGAUUGGAUUAACCAUAAUUUUCUUUGCUGGAAGCUGUUUUUCUUUGUUCUCACCAGCAUUCAACUUAGCAACAAAUGAUCAGUGGCACAGUUUAGAAAAAGGGGUUCCGCAUUUGAGUGUUUACACCGCCUUUUUCUAUUUUUCAGUAUCUUGUGUUGUUAUUGGAGUAAUUCUAAACAUCAUUUUCCUUUACCACCCUGUCUUAAACUUACCAAAGUCAUCAUUGAAAGCUUAUUUGGGAGACUGGAAUGGAAGAGGCUGGGCCUUGGUGGCCGGUCUCCUUUGUGGAUUCGGGAAUGGACUUCAGUUUAUGGGAGGUCAAGCGGCUGGAUAUGCAGCAGCAGAUGCUGUCCAGGCACUUCCACUUGUGAGCACAUUUUGGGGCAUAAUUUUGUUUGGAGAGUAUAGGAGAUCAUCACCAAGAACAUAUAUACUGUUGGGGAGUAUGUUGUUUAUGUUUAUUGUGGCUGUUGGUGUGCUCAUGGCAUCAUCAGGCCAUAGGAAACAUUGAUUAAGCUAGUUAUGGAACAAUAUACCAAUGAUUAAUUUCAGUUCACAAAUGUAUAUAUAGUAAUAAUGAUAAGUUAUCUUCUAUUAUAUUAUCAAAUCUUAAAUUGUGUAUAAAAAGUAUCAAUGUUUAUUUUAGCUUUAUUUGCAUGA